UCCUCGGGGAGCGACAACACCAGCAGCGGCACGUCCGUGGUCAGCCAGAUGCCCGGAGGCACCGUCUCCAUGCAGUGCAACUUCCACCCGGGCGGCACCGUCCUAUGGUACAAACAAGAGAGCGACGGCAAGAUGGAGUUUGCUCGGGACGCGCAGCUGAUCGUCAGCGACAACCGGUACCAGAUCCGUUCUGAGAACGGGGCCUACGUCCUCACGAUAAAUCCCACCCGGGAGGAAGACUCGGGCCAGUUCAUGUGCCACAGUAGCGAUAUGCGUGGCAUGAUCUAUGAGCACACGUUCCUGGUGACGAUCGGUGCUGGUGGUGGCGCCUCCCGAACGACUGCGGCCUAUGUUGGAACUAUUGCCGCUGCACUGCUGUUGUUGAUAUAGAUGGCGUUACGUGACGAACUGUUCAUGGAG